CACAGAUCUAACAAAGUUCAUCAGUAUUUUAUUUUAAAAGGAGUUUCGCAGUAUCAUCAUGGGUAUCGAAUAUCAAGGUCACAACAUUCCCACGUCAUUCGCAUCUUGCAGCAUCCCUCCCCACUUCAAAGCUAGUCUCCCUGAAAAAUUGGAGGCCAUUCGCAAUGCUGGAUUUGAUGGAAUAGAAAUGUCGAUGCCAGACAUACUGUCAUAUGGCAGUCAUAUCGAGGGGAAGAAAAUUCGGGAAGAUGACUAUGAUACCCUGUCGGACGUGGCUGGGAAGAUUCGUAUCUUAACUGAUCAACUUGGCCUUGAGAUUCUCAUGCUGCAGCCGUUUUCAAGAUUUGAGGGAUGGCAAAAGGAGACACACUCGCAGGAGAGAAGUGAAGCGUUUGCGCGCGCCAAAGGAUGGAUAAGAAUUAUGGAAUCGUUGGGCACCGACAUGUUGCAGGUUGGCUCAUCCGAUGCACAAGAUAUAUCACCUUCCUUGGACGAACAUGCUCAGGACCUGCAAGAGUUGGCAGACCUGCUCGGGGAGAAAGGCUUCCGGCUCGCCUACGAAAACUGGUGCUGGGCAACCUACGCUCCCACAUGGAAAGACGUUUGGGAGAUCUCACGCAAGGCUGAUCGCAAAAACAUUGGUCUCUGCUUGGACACCUUCCAAUCAGCCGGCGGAGAAUACGGCGAUCCAUCUACAGAAUCAGGCUACAUCGAAGACUUCAGUCCAGCCGAGCUUGACAGCCGAUGGAAACAUAGUUUGACCGAACUAGAGCACACUGUUCCUGGAGACAAGAUAUUCCUGCUUCAGAUCUCUGAUGCAUACAAAAUGAAGCCGCCUUUGCGCGACACAGAGGAGAGGCCGAGGUCUGUAUGGAGUCAUGAUUAUCGCCCACUACCCUUUAAUGGAGGGUAUUUGCCGAUUCAAGACUUUCUGAAGUCUGUUUUGCGAACGGGUUUUCGGGGCUGGCUUUCUGUUGAAGUGUUUGAUUCGAAGCCCAAGGAAGGAUCGUCAAUGGAGAGUUUUACAAAAGCUGCUAUGGAUUCUUUGACUCGUAUGCUUGUUGCCACAAUUGAGUGAGGAGGUCAGAUAUAGGCAUGCAUAUACUCAAAUGAAACAACUUGCUACUGUCAAAGUUUGACCGCAAGAAAUGAAUGACCCACGAACACGCCUAUCGUAUUGAGCAUCCAACAUUCGCAAUUGUAGCGUGGGUACGACGAAGUACAAAAGCCAAAGGUCCCAGGCAAGUGCAGUAAUGAGUGGGAGAGGUCAUUGAUACCCUACAAUUUGAUGUCGCGAUAUUGUAUAUGGACUAGUUCUGAGAAGAGUUUGGCUU